AUGUCUGCCAAACAAGCCGUACUUACAGACAAGGCCCCCGCGCCGUUGCCAGUGUUCUCGCAAGCCAUCGUCCACAACGGCAUCGUGUACUGCUCCGGCCAGGUUGGCACCGAUCCAGCUACCCGCGAGUUGGUCGAAGGGACCGUCAAGGAUCGCACUGCCCAGAUCUUCCGCAACAUCAGUGCAGUGCUGGAGGCUGCAGGGUCGAGCCUGGAGAAGCUGCUCAAGGUCAACGUCUUCCUCACCAACAUGGAUGACUUUGCAGCCGUCAAUGAGGUCUACGCACAGUACCUUAACUUUGAACCCAAGCCGGUCCGAACUUGUGUUGCGGUCAAGACCCUUCCACGAAACACGGAUGUCGAGAUUGAGUGUUCAGCUUAUAUCUAA